AUGAGGACGCUACUGACCAUCCUGGCGGCGGGAUCCCUGGUCGCUCACAUCGCUGAGGACACCUCGGAUCUCCUUCAGCACGUGAAGUUCCAGUCCAGCAACUUCGAAAACAUCCUGACGUGGGACGGCAGGCCGGAGAGUGCCCCUGACGCCAUCUACAGCGUCCAGUAUAAGACGUAUGGAGAAGGAGAGUGGUUGGAAAAGGAGGGCUGCCAGCGGAUCACCCGGAAAUCCUGCAACCUUACCGUGGAGACAGGCAACCUCACUGAGCUCUACUACGCCCGGGUCACCGCCACUGACGGGACAGGCCGGUCUGCCACCAAGAUGACUGACCGCUUCAACUCACUGCAGCACACUAUCAUCAAACCACCUGAUGUGACCUGUAUCCCCAAGGUGAGAUCCAUCCAGAUGAUUGUCCAUCCCAGCUACACACCGAUCCGUGCACGGAAUGGCCACCAGCUGACCUUGGAGAACAUCUUCCAAGGCCUGCUCUACCGCUUAAAGCUGCGCAUCAACCACACCUACCAAAUGGACCUUGAAGGGAAGCAGAGAGAAUUUGAGUUUGUCGGCCUGACCCCUGACACGGAGUUCCUUGGGACCAUCAUGAUUUGUAUCCCAAACUUGUUCAAGGAGAGCGCCCCCUAUGUAUGCCAAGUGAAAACGCUGCCAGAUCGGACAUGGACCUACUCCUUCUCCAGCGCCUUCCUGUUCUCCAUGGGCUUCCUGGUCGCAGGGCUCUGCUAUCUGAGCUACAGAUACAUCACCAAGCCACCUCCACCUCCCAGCUCCCUGGAUGUCCAGCAUAUCCUGCCCUUCCAGCCUCUGCGGUUCAUCCAGGAGCACACCCUGAUCCCCAUCUUCGACCUCAGCAGCUCUGGCGGUCUGGCCCAGCCUGUCCAGUACUCCGAAGUCAAGUUCUCCGACCCCACGGAGACCCCGGGACCCCCACCGUGGCAUGGCCUGCCUGAGAUUGCCUACCUCGGGCAGCCAGACCUCCCUGUCCUCCGGCCCUCCGGAGGACCACCUCACCAGGGACUCCCCACACCGUCCUAUGCCCCCCAGGCUGCACCCGAGGGCAGGCCCCCGUCCUACGCACCUCAGGUAACCCUGGAAGGUAAACCCCCCUCCUACACCCCACAGGCUGUCUCAGAGGCCCGGCUUCCUUCCUACACCCUGCGGGCCACUCCGGACAGCUGGCCUCCUUCCUACGGGAUAUGCGGGGAAGGGUCUGGGAGAGACUCCCCACCUGUGACACGCGCUGGUCCCAAACACCUCGGAACUAAGGGGCAGCUCCAGAAAGAGGCGCCAGGUGGCAGCUGCAGCCCAGGUGGCCUUUCGCUACAGGAGGUGACCCCCUUGGCCACGGAGGACCCCCAAGAAGCAAAAUCCUUCCACCAGCAUCUAGGGGUUCACACAGACUCAGACUCUGACUCUGAUUCCAUCGGCCAAAGGGAGCCAGGAACACGAAGCUCCCUAAGGCGCCAGCUGCCCCUCCUUUCCUCUGUCCAGAUCGGGGGCCACCCCGGGGCCCUCUCUUUGCAGACUCCGUCCCUCCCGUGUUCCCCCGUGGACGAGGGUCCAAGUCGCUGGGGCCUGCUGGAGUCCCUCGUGUGUCCCAGUGACGAGGAUCCGGCGUCCAAGACGGAGGCCGAGAGCCCAGGCCUUCAGGCCCCAGACCUGCAGUCGUCCACGGAGCUGGACUCGCUGUUCCGAGGCCUGGCCCUGACCGUGCAGUGGGAGUCCUGA